AUGAACCGCUACCCCUACGCCUCCCAUGCCUAUGCCGACGCCAGCUCCAACAGCGCCGGCCUGAUGAACCUGGGCGGCGGCGACGUGGGCGCAUACGGCGUCGCGGCUGUCGAGGCGGUCGAGGGGCGGUCGCUCGAUGACAUCGUCUCGCAGAACGACAAAGCCCACCGCCGCCAGAGCAUGCCCGUCUACAUGCACCAGCAGCCUCGCCAGCCGCAGUACCAGCACCACCAGCACCACCAGCACCACCAGCACCACCAGCACCACCAGCACCACCAGCACCACCAGCACCAGCAACACCAGCACCAGCACCAGCACCCGCCGCUCAUGCACAUGACCAGCCCCACGCGUAGCCUGUCCAUGAUGAGUUUCGGCGACCCCAACGGCGGCCCCGUGGACGACUUUGCCUUUGACGUGUCCGCCGCCGCCCGCAUGGACAACAUGAUGCCCAACACCACCUUCCCCAGACCCUCGCCUGACCCCCACUCCGACCGAAUGUCUGCUGCAGACCUGGCCUUCAAGACGCAAUUCUCAACCGCCGCCUCGCCCUACUCCACCAUGGCCGCUCCCAGCUCCAACUAUGCCUCGCCCAUGCACACCAACACCGACCUCGACAUGACCAUGAGCCCCUACCCCAACGCCCUCAACAUGCCCCUGGACAUGGACGACUCGCUCAACGCCAUGAUGCCCCCCGACAUGCACAUGUUUCAGAACGACCACUUUCAUUCUCCCAUGAUGGACUCACCCGUCAACACGAACCACACCCCCAUCAACCAGGGCACCGAUUUCAUUGGACCCCUGCCCGCGCCCCAGAGGGGCGUCAACGUGGUCGGGCAACACCAGGUUGGCGGCACGCAGCCCCAGAACCAGCAUCGAAGCCAGAAUGAGAAUCAAAAUCAGAACCAGAACCAGAACCAGAACCAGAACCAGAACCAGAACCAGAACCAGAACCAGAACCAGAACCAGAACCAGAACCAGAACCAGAACCAGAACCAGAACCAGAACCAGAACCAGAACCAGAACCAGAACCAGAACCAGAACCAGAACCAGAACCAGAACCAGAACCAGAACCAGAACCAAAAUCAAAAUCAAACUCAAAAUCAAAAUCAACCCCAAAAUCAGAAUCAGAAUCAGAAUCAAAAUCGAAAUCGUGAUCAGAAUCAUGAUCAAGAUCAAAAUCAAACUCAGAAUCACGAUCAAAAUCAACAUCAACAUCAACAUCAGAAUCAGAAUCAGACCCAGAAUCAACACCAGAACCAGAGUCAACACCAGAACCAGAGCCAACACCAGAACCAGAGCCAAAACCACAAUCACUUCAAAAGCCCGUCCAUGACUAACACCCCAGACGGUCGAUCGGGCCCCUCAGCCCCUUCCCUCCCCAGCCGCCAAAAUAGCCAGAGCCAGGUCCAGAGUAGGUCCAGCAGAGAGCAGAGCCAGCAACGGCCCGACACCAACCAAGCACAAACGCCGACGCAGCUCAGUCUCCAAUCGCUGGAGAAUCAGAGGCCCAUUGCACAGGAUCCAGCCGAAGAUCUCCCCCAAAACCAACUCAAUCGUAUCAAGGAUUUGAAGCGUGCGUGGCCGGAGCCCCCGGGCGGCUUUCCCUCGACCAUGCACGCCAAUCCACACAUGAAGACACAGUUCAAAAACGCAUACUCGUCAUCGGGUUUCGACAUGCUUGGCGUCCUCAUGCGCGUCGCUACAAGACCCAAUCCACAGAUUGACAUUGGCUCCGUCGACUUGUCGUGUGCUUUUGUCGUAUGCGACGCUGACAUGGACGACAUCCCCAUCGUCUACUGCUCGGAGAAUUUUGAGCGUCUCACCGGCUACACCCGGCACAUGAUCCUGGGCAGAAACUGCCGCUUUCUGCAGUCGCCCGACGGCAAGGUCGAGCCGGGCAUCAAGCGAAACUACGUAGACGACGACUCGGUCCUCUACCUGAAAAACACAAUCAGCGCAGUCACAGAGGCACAGAUUAGCUUGAUCAACUACAGAAGGGGCGGCCAGCCGUUUAUGAACCUGCUCACCAUGAUCCCCAUCUCGUGGGACAACGGCGGCAAGGUCAAGUUUUUCGUUGGCUUCCAAGUCGAUCUCGUCGAGCAGCCUAGCGCCAUGACCAACAAGAACGCAGAUGGAUCGUACAGGGUCAACUACCAGCGUGGCAUGAACAUGCCCAGCUACGUCUUCAACGAUGCCUCCAAGCCACAGCCCGAGCAGGGCCAAACCAUAUCCAAAGACGAGGUCUCCAACGUGCUCGCCUCGUACAGCGGCUCGGGCGACUCGGAGAUCACGCGCCGCAUAUGGGACAAGGUGCUCCUCGAGAACACAGACGAUGUGGUGCACGUGCUGUCCCUCAAAGGUCUGUUCAUGUACCUCUCACCCUCCAGCAAUCGGAUCCUCGAGUACGACCCGAGCGAGCUGGUGGGCACCGCGCUCUCUUCCGUCUGCCAUCCUAGCGACAUUGUACCCGUCACGAGAGAGCUCAAGGAGACCUCCAACGGCGGCUCCGUCAACGUCGUGUUCCGCAUUCGUCGGAAAAAGAGCGGCUACAUGUGGUUCGAAGGCCACGGCUCGCUGCACACCGAGCAGGGCAAGGGCCGAAAGUGCAUCAUCCUGGUGGGUCGCGAACGCCCCGUGUACACGCUCAGCAAGGCCAUCGUUCGCGAGUCGGGUGGCAUUGGCGACAACGAGCUUUGGACCAAGAUGUCGACCUCGGGCAUGUUCCUCUUCGUCUCGUCCAACGUACGUCAGCUGCUCGAUCGACAGCCCGAGGAGCUAGUGGGCAGCAGCAUGCAGUCGCUCAUGCGCCAGGACUCCAAGAUCAGCUUUGGCCGUGUUCUUGAGCUCGUAAGAGCGGGAAGGAAGGGAGAGGUAAAGCACGAGAUGAUCAACAAGAGAGGCCAGGUGCUCCAGGCCUUCACCACGCUUUACCCCGGCGAUGCCACCGAAGGCCAGAAGCCGACUUUCGUCGUUGGACAGACACGACUGUUGAAGUACUCGCGAAACAGCAACGGGCACGGACCCGCGUUCUACCAGGCCAAAGAGCACAACGCCCAAAGCUUGCUGCAACAGCGGCUCAACUGCGCCUCUCCCCUGCCCGGCUCGGUGCCUGGCUCGAUAUCUGGCACGACCGGAUCGAUGAUCGCAUCCCCCAAUCCCCACUUCAACACCACAGAAGCCUACAGCAUGACGUUUGCUGGCCACAACGGCUUGCAGAUUGGACACCAAGAUCACAGCCUAGCCUCGGACGACAACGUGUUCGACGAGCUCAAGACGACGCGAAGCACAAGCUGGCAGUACGAGCUGCGGCAGAUGGAAAAGCGCAACCGCUAUCUUGCAGAAGAGGUGCAGAGCCUCCUGGCCGCCAAGAAGAAGAGAAAGCGCAGAAAGGGCGCUGGCCAGUUGCAGAAGGACUGCGCCAACUGCCACACCCGGACCACGCCCGAGUGGCGGAGGGGACCGUCUGGCAACCGAGACCUCUGCAACUCUUGUGGUCUGCGAUGGGCCAAGCAGCAAGGUCGUGUUUCUCCACGCUCGUCGGCAGCCAGCGACAAGAGCAAGAAGAGCGGUGCUUCGCCACUGCACGUGCACAGCCACCCAAGCAUCCAGCCUCACGCCGUUUCCGAGACGGGUCAGCCACGCUCGGCGCAGCCAACGGUCGCGGCCGCUCCCAAGCGCACGCCCAAACACGCGGGUGUCGAAGACAGCCACACUCCCAAACAUGCGCGUGCCGAGGUGGCGACCCCGCAAGCAUUCGUGCCACCCCCCAAGAUUGACGAAGAGUAG